AACAAUUAUGCCAAAGCCAAAGAGUGUAAUGAAAAAGCGUUGGAAAUUCAAAAAAAAUCACUUGGUCCUAAACAUGUUGAUGUGGCUAAGACUUUUAACGAUCUUGGUAAUAUGUAUCUUUGUACUAAAGAAUAUGACAAAGCAAAAGAAUUAUUUGAUAAAGCGCUAGAAAUUCAACAGAAAUCAUUCGGUCUUGAAUAUGUUGAUGUAGCUACGACUUUAAACAAUCUUGGCAAUGUGUACCAUCGUACUAAAGAAUAUGACUUAGCAGAAGAAUUAUUUAAAGAAGCGUUGAAAAUUCAACAAAAAUUACUAGGUUCUGAACAUGUUGACGUAGCUAAGACUUUAAACGAUCUUGGUAAUGUGUAUAAUGAGACCAACAAAUUUACCAAAGCCAAAGAGUGUUACAAAAAAGAGUUGCAAAUUCGAAAAAAGUCACUAGGUCUUCAUCAUGUUGAUGUGGCUACGACUUUAGACAAUAUUCGUAUGGUACUCAAAAAGCCUGAAGACUAUACCAAAUCAAAAGAAGUUUAUGAAAAAGCCCUGGAAAUUCGAAAAAAUUUUCUAAGUCCAGAAUAUGUUGAUAUGGCUAAGACUUCACACGAUCUUGGUAAUGUGUAUCUUUGUACUAAAGAAUAUGACAAAGCAAAAGAAUCAUUUGAAAUAGCGCUGGAAAUUCGACAAAAAUCACUUGGUCUUGAACAUGUUGAUGUGGCUGCGACUUUAAAUAAUCUUGGCAAUGUAUACCAUCGUAGUAAAGAAUAUGACAAAGCAAAAAAAUUAUUGAAAAAAGCGUUGGAAAUUCAACAAAAAUCACUAGGUCCUGACGAUAUUGAUAAAGCAAAAACUUUAAACAAUCUUGGUAAUGUGUACCAUUGUACUAAAGAAUAUGUAUGA